CUGCGCACCAUCAACAACACUCCCAACACCACCGUCCAUCUCAUCGCCUCCGGCCCUCCCCGCUUCCCCCAGGCCGGCGCAAUGAGCAACUCCAACUUCCUUGACAAAGCAAUCAGCAUCGUCCAGAAGGCGAUCGAUGAAGAUGUCAAGCAGAACUAUGCCGAGGCGUACAAGCUGUACCAGGACUCGCUUGACUACUUCAUGAUGGCUAUGAAGUACGAGAAGAACGAUAAGCUCAAGGCAUUGAUUCGCAACAAGUUCACCGAGUACUUGGACCGCGCCGAGAAGCUCAAGGAGCAUAUCGCCAAAAGCGAGGAGAAACGAUCCCGAGCAAAAGUAGGCGCAUCGGGAGGCGGCGGGUCCGAGGCUGGCGGUCCGUCCACAGGCAAGGACGAUGACGACCCCGAGAUCAAGAAGCUGCGACAGGGUCUGCAGGGCGCGAUUCUGAGCGAGUCACCAAACGUGGCAUGGGACGACGUCGCGGGUCUCGCGCAGGCCAAGGAGGCGCUGAAGGAGGCUGUCAUCCUGCCGAUCAAGUUCCCUCAGCUGUUCACAGGCAAGCGUACGCCAUGGCGCGGUAUCUUGCUGUACGGACCUCCGGGAACUGGUAAGAGUUUCCUCGCCAAGGCCGUCGCGACCGAGGCCAAGAGCACAUUCUUCUCAGUGUCCUCGUCCGACCUGGUAUCCAAGUGGAUGGGCGAAAGUGAACGCCUCGUCAAGCAGCUCUUCCAGAUGGCGCGCGAGAACAAGCCGGCGAUCAUCUUCAUCGACGAGAUUGACUCGCUUACUGGCACACGUGGUGAGGGCGAAAGCGAGGCAUCGCGUCGUAUCAAGACCGAAUUCCUCGUUCAGAUCAACGGUGUCGGCAACGAUGACACGGGUGUGCUUGUGCUUGGCGCUACCAACAUCCCAUGGCAGCUUGACCCGGCGAUUAAGCGUCGAUUCGAGAAGCGCAUCUACAUCCCUCUCCCAGACGCGGAGGCUCGCCGAAGGAUGUUCGAGCUCAACAUCGGGACGACGCCCCACGGCUUGGUCCCCGCCGACUUCAAGCACCUCGCAGCGAUCACAGACGGCUACUCGGGCUCAGAUAUCGCCGUCAUUGUGCGCGACGCGCUCAUGCAGCCUGUGCGCAAAGUACUGGCCGCCACGCAUUUCCGCGAGAUUGACGUCGAAGUCGAGAAGGACGGCAUCACGCAGACGGUGAAGAAGCUCACGCCGUGCUCCCCUGGUGCUCCCGGCGCGAUUGAGAAGACGUGGGGCGACGUCAACUCGGAAGAGCUGCAGGAGCCGCUACUUGGCGUCCGCGACUUUGAGCGCGCGAUCCAGGUGAACCGGCCGACGGUCAGUCUGGCCGACAUCCAGAAGCACAUCGACUUCACCAACGAGAGCGGUGGCGAGGGCGCGUAGGCGUGGGAUCGGGGCAUGCAUGUUGUUCUAGCUCGACUCGGAGGACAUGACGCCUCACUUCUGCUGUACUCAGCCCGCUUGGUCGUCGCUCACACCUUCCUUCCCCCUAUCGUCUAUUUAAAACAGUGCGGACACGACAUUCACCUCU